AAUAAGAAAUUCGGCUGUUUAAUAAAUAAAUAGAUCUAAUAUUUUCAAAGAAAAAUACAUUUGUAUCUGCUGAAGUCUCGUAAUGAAAAUCGCUUCUUCAAAUAUUUCCAACAAAACCUGUAUGGAAUAUUUAAUUUCCUUUAGAAAAUACAUUUGGAAUUCUCAUCGAAAAUCGUUAUUGUUUUGUCUGUUCGUUUAAAAUUGAAAGCAAACAGACGUUAAUGUGGGAUUCGGUGACCGUGUGUUUGUGUUUUUAAGUUUAAACGAAAAUCAAGAAGAAAACCAAAACGGAUACAAAAUAAAAGUGAACUGAAAGAAAUAAUGUCUAAAAUGGACACAGUUGUUGUUUUUAGUGUUUCCAAAGAAAUCGUUGCAUUGGUUUAUUGAAUUUAUGAAAUGCAAUCAAAUUAUAUUUGCAAAUAAAAGAAGAGAAACGUAAAAAACAAAAAUUGCACUGAAUAAAAAAACCAGCCAGAUUAGAAAAAGUAAUAAAAAAUAAAAAACAUAUAUUUUUCAUUCAUACGUUUGAAGUGGUAAAAAAUAAAAAUGUUAGUUCAUUCAAACACCUCCUCUACACCUACUCCCGGCUCUAUUUCUUCAACUAGCAACACUUUGGAGCCUGUUACCACCUCUACUAAUUCUUCGUCAUCACAAUUACAUCAGCAUUUACAACAACCAUCGUCUUCCUCAUUUUCUCUGCAACAACCCCACCAAAAACUACAAAUGGGUUGUACAUCUACUUUGAAUACACGACCCCCAUCGCGUGCACCUUCCAUAUUGGAUAGUCCAACAUUGGCACGUGUAGAACGUGCGAGAUUGCGAUUGGAAGCUUCCGCCCAACAACAUAAUUUGAACGAUAGUUGUGGGAGCAUUAUAAAUACACUAAACGGUGAAGAUAGUCUUGAUAGAGCUAUACUGGAUUCAAAUAAGAAAGAUGUGCCGUGGCACCAGGUAUGGACACAUAUGAAACGAUUAUCUCAUGUCUCCAAAGUAAAUUCAACCACAAAGUUGUGUGCCGAGAAAACUGAUAGUGCAGUGACUGAGAAGUCAAUAAUAAUUCCAGAUAAGACUGCCUCAUUGAAAGACACUUUGCGUGCUCAUCAAGUGUUUACAAGGCCAGACAUGCAAUCACUGUUGGCAGGGCGCGUACCCGUAUCAACAAUGACGGGUCCAAUUAAACGUGGCCUUUUAUGGCAACAACGCGAUCGUCUAUUUUCACGGUGGAAAGAAAGAUUUUUUGUUUUGACACGUGAUUAUCUUCAUUGUUUUAAAAGAGCAUCGGGUUCAGCAAACGAACGGGCCUCUGACAUGGGACAAUUUAUAUUUAAGGUCAAAUUGGUUGAUGUUGAAAAAGUGGAAUGGUUAAAUCGUCGUUCAUAUAGUGCUAUUGGUUUGCUGCUUGGACGUGAAGGAAGAGUUUUACUACGUUGUGAUGAAGGUCUCGAAGAUUGGUUUGAACUUUUGGAGGAAUGUACAAUUACGUCAAAGGAACGUCGCAAAGCAUUGAAAAUGGCCCAAGGCCCUAGAUCUCGAGCAUCACUAGCCGCUCCAGUAUCUCAUGCUUCGUUGCAGAGUAACCAUUUUGGCCUGGGGAGCACUUAUUCGAGUGCCUUAGAUGACUGGCUUAUGGCGAAUGGAAGUGGCAUGUGUGGAGUCAGAGGUCAAAAGUUGGUUACAAAUAGUAUGUGUGGUUAUGGUGGCAUGAAUCCAUUCCUAUUUUCUGAUUCGGUGCCUGAUUUAAGUGCUUUAAAUAAUGAAAACCAUAAUCACAUUAGUGGAAUGUCAACAAAUCAUUCGACUCCUCAGAAGAUACCAUAUUCAGCUAGUAGUAAUAGUAGUCGUUACUCAAAUGGCUAUACCUCACAGAAUAGUUCAUUUUCCAAUUGCAAUGGUUUGUACGGCUCACCUCGGCGUAUCUUUGUCAACAGUAGUUUCGGUUCGACACAUGUUGUUGACGAAGAGGCCGAAGAUGGUGAAGUAGAAUUGAGACGUCCUCGCCUUUUCCGACACUUGAGUACGGAAAAUGGUAACGAAUUGGAUCGUGAUUGGUUAUAUCGCAAGCCAAAGGCACCAACAGAUAUGCGGCAUUCAGUACAACCCAUGUUACCUACUCACAAUAAUACAUCUUUAAAUAAACUAAUUUCCGACUUGGACUAUUCUGCCCAUGACAGUGGACUAGACACUCCACCAUCAACACACCGUCCGUCGAGUUAUCGCGAGCAACCCCAACAUAACAAUCAUGCCAGAGCGUCCCCCAGAGACUCUACGGAAACCUCAGUAUCUUCAUCCCGUGGAACCAUGUUGAAUUCCCCGGGAGGUAGCUUUCGAGCUAAACAUGUCCAGCAAAUCUCCAAUUUAAAUCAAGUCAAUGCUCAUCAUGGAUCUCGUUAUAAUGUUCAGGAACGAGUUUUAAAAAUACGCAACGAAGAAGAACAUUGUUCAUCGAUAAAAUCAGCAAAUCGUUUGAACCACAAUGAACUGUACGAUCCAAAUCAAAAUCGUUACUAUAAGAAUGAUAACCAAUCGCCCAUAACGAUGACACCUCAACAUACUCCUGGAAAAAUGCAACAUUUACAUUCUCACAGUCAUCAAAUGCAACAUCAGUACCAAUCAGCGAGUAGUAACAGUAACGGAAAUACUGCUAACAAUAAUAAUAAUAACAAUUCUAUUAACGGAAAUGUGCAGAAUGGUUCCUCUAUAUUUCGUGAACGUUAUCAACAUCCUGCUUUGGCGGCUAUCAUUAACGAAGCUCAGGGUAUGAAGUUCCGAGAUCGAUCUUAUUCCGACUGCCAACAAAUGCCGCCAAGACGCAGUGUUAAUAAUAAUCCAUCGCCCUUAACCAGUAGGAGGAAUAACGUGAAUCCCAUAUUUGGUACGCCAACUAGAGUAUAGCGGUUAAAGAUUUAGUCCUCGAAGGAAAUGUUGCAACAAUAAUGAGGCGGAUGAUUGCAAAGAAAUUUAAAUAUGUAUUAAGAUACAAACAAAUAUUAAAAUAUAUUUUUUUAUUUAAAAGGAAAUAA